AAAUGUGCUCGACUCUAUGUCUCCUUUCCAUAGGCCGCAGCCGUCUAGUGGGCAUCUCUUGCUUUGCUACUCUCACUCCCUUUCUUACGAAGAGUAAAAGGCAAAGCUCUCUUGCUCUCUUUACGAAUUCCCCCAAAAGUGUGAUUGGUUCCAAUGCAAGCUUUGAGGAUUCAGGACGCUCCAACUUGGGCCAUUGCCGCUGUGUGCUCUGUCAUUGUUCUUCUGGCCCUCGCCAUCAAGAAUGUGGUCCAUUUUACUACCAUGUGGUUCAAGCGACGCAAAUGGAUCCAAGUAGAUGCUGCAUUGCAAGGAUUGAAAGAAGAGUUAAUGCUGCUUGGCUCCAUCUCGCUUCUUCUCGGAGCUUUCCAAUUGCUGGGGGAACUCUUUUGUGUCUCAUCGACUCUUGGGGUCAGUGCGCGCAUCACUCCAUGCCGUGAAAGCUAUAGAAGACACAGCCGUUCGAAGAACACUUGCGAAAGAAAUGGCAAAGUUACACUGAUCGAGAGCGAAGAUAUCCAUUACCUUCACAUUUUGAUAUUCCUUUUGGGAGCUCUUCAUCUCUCGUGCUGUUGCUUGACCCUGCUACUAAGUAGAGCAAAGAUGUGGUCAUGGUGGAAGUGGGAGAAAGAACUUAGCAAAUGCAGUGAUGACACAAGUGAGACAUCACCUCCAGCUUCCCUAAGCCACCUGUGUUUCUCAACCAUGACUGCCGUCACUGUUUGUUGCUUCCAGCAACUUGGAAUCUCUGUGACUAAGUCAGACUACCAAGCCAUCCGUCAAGCUUUCAUCCGAAAACAUGGAUUGAUCCCGCAGUUCAAUUUUCACAAGUACUUAUGCAUGGUACUGGGUGAUGACUUUCGAACGGUCAUUGGAAUCAGUGCCUAUUUUUGGAUUUGUGUAAUCUUGUUUCUCCUUCUAAACAUCAAUGGGUGGCACACGUUCGUGUGGAUGGCAUUCAUACCAUUGGGACUUCUUUUGAUCAUGGGCACUAAACUCCAGCUUGAAUUACGUAAUGCUAAGUUCAACGAGGAAAUGCAACCGAAGUCCCAGUCCUUCCUUUACGUCUUUCAUUUCAUUAUCUUCCAGAACUCGUUUGGCUUGACUUUAUUUUUCUGGAUCUGGCUAGAGUUUGGGAUCGAUUCAUGUCUUUUAGACAACAAAAUAGCGGUGAUAGUUCAUGUUGUUAUCGGGAUCUUUGUCCAAGUUCUUUGCAGCUAUAACACACUACCACUCUACACGCUUGUCUCGCAGCUGAUGAUGUGUGAUGAUCGCAGCAAGGACUUACUCUCGCGGAUGUGUAACUCAAAACGUUUGACGCGCAAGAAAAUCCAUCACUCGAUGCGGCACAGCUUUUGAAAACAAUCGUAUGAGAAUGUGGUGAAUGAUAUUCCCCUCUUCCAAAAUAAGUAUGGCAGCGGCAUUUAGGUUCCUUGUCAUGGAGAAAUGUAUGGAAAGUGCGGGCGCGCAGCGGACGUCUUGGGAGUCUUUUACAAGAUGGAAGAUUGAGAUGUUUUCUGGUGGAACAUUCCGAUCGCAAAAAGGUAUAUUGUUAAGUAGCACCUGAAGUAGAAACUUUCGCUCUAUGCUCUAUGUUACUGCAAAUGCAUCAUUGGGACAAGUCCCAAACUCUACCAGGUAUAUUCGCUCGCAAGGAGAA